AUGGCAUCUAUUUUCGAGCAACCUCGGAACGGCACGCUCUUCCUGGGCGGCCAGAAGAUCUCCGGGUCGGAUAUUCGAGAUCAGAACGUCCUCGCAACCCAGGCCAUCGCGAAUGUUGUCAAGAGCUCCUUUGGCCCCAGCGGCCUCGAUAAGAUGAUGGUGGAUGACAUUGGCGAUGUUACUGUCACAAACGACGGCGCCACGAUCCUCAGCCUUCUCGAUGUCGAAGAUCCCGCGGGCAAGAUCCUCGUCGACUUGGCACAGCAGCAAGACAAGGAAGUCGGGGAUGGCACAACCUCGGUGGUUCUAAUUGCCGCUGAGCUGCUGCGCAGAGGCAACGAGCUGAUGAAGAACCGCAUCCACCCGACCACCAUCAUCACCGGAUACAGGCUGGCUCUCCGAGAGGCUGUCAAGUACCUCAACGAAAACGUCAGCAUCAAGGUCGAGAACCUGGGACGCGAGUCUCUCAUCAGCAUUGCAAAGACGUCCAUGUCUAGCAAGAUCAUCGGAGCCGACUCCGACUUCUUCUCCAACAUGGUUGUCGAUGCCAUGCAAGCUGUCAAAACGACCAACAAUCGAAACGAGAACAAGUACCCGGUCAAGGCUGUCAACAUUCUCAAGGCCCACGGCAAGAGCACUCUCGAGUCGAUGCUGGUCAAGGGCUAUGCCUUGAACUGCACAGUCGCUUCCCAGGCGAUGCCCACCCACAUCCAAGACGCCAAAAUCGCUCUUCUUGACAUGAACCUGCAAAAAGAGAGAAUGAAGAUGGGCGUCCAGAUCACCGUCGACGACCCCCAGCAACUCGAGCAGAUUCGCGCCCGGGAAUCCGGCAUGAUCCUCGAACGGGUCGAGCUCAUCCUGAAAGCAGGAGCCAACGUUGUUCUGACCACCAAGGGCAUUGAUGACCUGGUGCUCAAGAUGUUUGUCGAACGCGGCGCCAUGGGCGUCAGACGCUGCAAGAAGGAAGACCUGCGUCGAAUCGCCAAGGCCACCGGCGGCACUCUUUUGAGCACCUUGUCCGAUCUCAACGGCGACGAAAAGUUUGAACCCUCAUAUCUCGGCCACGCCGAGUCGGUCAGCCAGGAGCGCAUCUCUGACGAUGAGUGCAUCCUGGUCAAGGGAACCAAGGCCCAUUCGUCCGCGUCCAUCAUCUUGCGUGGCCCCAACGACUACUCGCUCGACGAAAUGGAGCGCUCGGUUCACGAUUCCCUAUGCGCCGUCAAGCGAACCCUGGAAAGCGGCAGCAUUGUUCCAGGCGGCGGCGCCGUCGAGACUGCGCUGCACAUCUACCUCGAGGAAUUUGCAGGUACCGUCGGAUCCCGCGAGCAGCUUGCCAUUGGGGAAUUUGCCCAAUCUCUCCUCGUCAUUCCCAAGACUCUGGCUGUCAACGCCGCUAAGGAUGGUGCCGAGCUUGUGGCACAGCUUCGAUCGCGGCACGCCUUGUCCCAGCGCAUCCAGGAAGGCGACGCCAGCGAAGACGAGAAGACGAUAGCUAGGAAGAAAGGCUACAAGAACUACGGGCUGGAUCUGAUGCGAGGCAAGGUGGUAGAUGAGCUCAAGCAGGGCGUACUGGAGCCUAGCAUCAGCAAGGUGCGCCAGCUAAAGAGUGCUGUUGAAGCUUGCAUCAGCAUCAUGAGAAUCGAUACCCUGAUCAAGUUGGAUCCAGAGCAAAAGGACGAGGGAGACGGCCAUGGUCACUGA